AAAAGUACCACACAACCAAGCACACACCACUAUUCACAACGAGGAACACGGGAUGGAUGAGGAUGAGAACUUCGACUACCUUCCGCCGGGAAACACCAACAGAUUGAGCGUGCCGAAUGACCCGGCUCUCCUGGCAGUCUACGAACUUUACAAGACGCCCCUAACUGCCCAUCGGCAGCUGCUCUCCGAGCGAAACCGAGUGACCUUCGCCGAGGCUCUUAAUGGUCCCGAUACCAUACCCACCCUAUCGGAUCUGUGCGUCCGGCAGUUGGCCAAGCGUGGCAAUGCCCAUGUGCCUGCUGCCGUGCGCCAGGAUCCGCUGAAGAUGCGCAUCCACUACGACUCACUGGAUGUGGAUCUCCCUUUGCGGGAGUGCUACUACGUGGAGGAUGUGAGCUACUGGAGGCGUGUGGUCUUGGCCAAAUCUUCGGAUACCUGCCUGGUGAUGAAGGGUUUACACGAUUACGAUUGGCGCGGCAAGGGAUUGAGUUUGAAGUAUGUAGAGCUAGUUGAAGCGUGUCCAGCUGCCCUUUGGCCAGAGGAGGAGAUGUCCCAGCUGGCGCAGUUAAUUCAAGAUAAAGUGCGCUCCAUGGACAUUCGGCAUCUGCAGUCUCUUACCGAGUACGCCUUUCGGAAAGCGGGACGCGAGGAAGACGACACGGAGCCGGAUAUCACCUCCGAAGAGUCCGGCGGCAUUGAGAUCUCCAGCGAUGAGCCCAUGACCCCGGAAGAAAAUCCCGAAGAGGGCGAAGAAGAGGAGGGGGAAUCAUCUCCCUCUGUUAAAUCAAAGGUCAUUGGUUUUAAUACGAAAUUUGUGGUUGACUUUUCAGACGACGAAGAGCAGGCUUCGGGUGGAGAACGAAGAAAGCGUCGCCAGGAGAGGAACGCCGCUCGUCAGAAGUUGAGGGAUCUAAAGGCUACCAAGGAUGCGGAGCAGGAGGAGCGAAGGCGUCGUCGUUCGGAGGCUAGGAAGUCCAAGGAACCAGAGCCGCGGAGGAAGAGAAAGCGGAAGCAACGCAUCACAGGCGCCUUUGACAUCCGAGUGGAUCCCGAACCGGAUGAUGGCGAGGACAAGGUGAUGGACAAGCGCAACAAGCAGCGUUAUCUAAAGCAUCUCCAGCAAAUUAACUACCCAGAAGAGGAGUGCAACCACAUAGAUCUCAGCUUUGUAAGGCACUUUGUUAACCUGGUGUCGCUGCAACUGGAGUUUUUGGGUCCCGCGUUGGGCAGGGAAUACCACAAGCGACAUGUGCUGUUCUCCAUAAAGGAUAUGGUUCGAUUGGCCAGGGGAUUGGCUGCUCUCCAGCAACUACAGAUCUUCCGGCUGCGCAACAGCCGUUUAAAUAGCUUCAAGUUGUAUACUCUCUGUCGAGCGCUUCGUGAGCUGCCUUCACUGGAGGUGGUGGACUUUGGCUACAAUCAGAUGAAGGAUGACUGCGGUCCGGAGCUGGGAAUUCUCCUCGAGCGACCCUGCAUGCUGAAGAGCCUGGAACUGGAGUACAAUCGAUUGGAUUCCCGGGCCAUGGCAGCCAUUGGAGCGGCACUGCAGCGACCGAGCGUCACUAGGUUGGAGUAUCUGGGAUUGGCGCACAACAAGAUCAGCGGAGAGGCUCUGGCAAUCCUUUGCAGUCGCAUCAAGGGCACCGAGCACGUGGAGGAGCUGAAUCUCUCCGGCAUCGAGGUGAAUCCUAGGAUUUUUGUGGAUGAAAUUAGCGAUCUUUUACGCAAACAUGAACCUCUUCGUCGGAUGAAAAUGGUUUCCAUCCCCAUGAGCUUCAAACUGGGCAAUAAAUUGAUAUGUGCCCUGAAUGCCAACAUGAACAUCACCCAUUUCGAUUGCCGUGACUGCGAUUUGGACGAGGAUGAGGAGCUGGAUGUCGACAUUAUAGUGAGGAGAAAUGCCUCACUCAACGAAAAAAGCUUCAUCGCCGAUACGGAUCGCUUUCCCAGCUUGUUGGAUGUUUUGGAACAUGCCAAAACACUGAAGCAUCCGAUGGUGCAGAGGAUCGAGAACGACAUGGCCAGGAGGAAGGAGUGCCUCCAGCACUAUCCACCACCAACGCCCAGUGAACCGAGCCUCCGGACGCAGACGCUGGUGGCGGAGGAGUCGGAGUAUGAUAUUUGGCAGGUGCUAGGAAUCACCACCAAGCCAACGAAGACACCUCCACCGGAAGAGAUGGCCAGGAAGGCGAGCACAUCCUCUGAGCUAAACAAGGAACCCUUCAUAUACGAACCCAACAAAUUUGAUAUGGAACAGUUUCGAGCUCAUGUAUUUCUGCCGGGAACAUCUAAUAGGCAUGCAUACUUUAUGAAGCAAAGGCAAUCGGCUAUGUAAACUAUAUUACUAUGCCCAUCAAAAUUAAAUGUUUUGAUAACUAUA